CCGGAAGUGUCAAAGUUUUCAAGUUUUGUGGAUAAUAUUCAGAUUAGCAGCUGGCCACAGGAUAUAUCUUCCAGAUCAUGUUGAAGGUUUUCGUUUUGGUCACGGUGUUAGCUGUUGUAUUGGCUGAUCACCAUCAUCACGGCUACGAUCACCACGAUCAUCACGACCAUCACCAUCCCAAACCAUAUCAUUUUGGCUAUGAGAUCCACGAUCACCAUGGCAAGCAACAUCGCCACGAACACAGUGAUGGACAUGGUCACGUGAAAGGCAGCUACGGUUACGUGGAUCACCAUGGCAUCCACAGAGAAGUUCACUAUGUGGCCGAUCAUCAUGGCUUUAGGGCUGAAGUGAAGACAAAUGAAAAGGGAACUGACAACCAGGAUCCCGCUCACGUGCACGUGCAUUCAUCUUACCACCCUCAUCACCAUGAUGAUCAUCACCACCAUGAUGACCACCAUCACCAUCAUCAUUAAUUUACCUGAAAUCCCAAUGGACAGAAAGAAACUUUCAGAUUCAUUCGUCAGAAGAAGACAUUCUCUGAUCAACGUCAGCCGCAGAGAAUCUUUCAAGCGCCAUAUUUUCAGCCUGAAGAAAACACUCGCCAACGAUAACGUGGUUAAUAAAUACCAGCCUCAUCUUCAUCUCACCGAAGGCAUCAUUACAUGUUUACAGAUGAACUGUAAUUGUUCAUGCAUUACCUCCAACCCCCUCCGUUAUAAUGCUUUGUAUCCCAAGUUGAUGAUAUGUCCUGCGAUAAUUUUGGGAAAAUGUAGGUUUGGUCGUAGACCUUGUGUGGGUGUGUAAAUAAAACUUAUAAUAAUAAACUGCUUAUAAAACUGAAA